ACCGAGCAACUGGUGAAUCGUGAAUUGCGAUUUUUGAAUGCCAAACGCGAUGAGUUGUCGAAAAUGAAGCGUCUGUUGCAUAGUUCAAGCCGUGACCUUGAGAAAGUCGAACAGCUCAUCGACAAUGACCAAGUGUCCAACAUCAAGGUUUCCAUUUAUCGUUUCCUUGCUGUGAACACAACGCUUGCCAUUCAUUCAUAA